CCUGCCGCUAUCCCUCCACCUCUGGCCAAGCGCUAUUCAUUCUCCUCAUUGGCCAGAUAACAUCUCAACACUUUUCCUUCCCAUGUGCCGCCUUUAGGACACCAGUAGCAGCAGAAGCAGCAGAGGCAGCGGCGGCGGCGCACAGAUGAUCGCACUGUAGCGCUGAAGGAAGGGACGCGCGCUUUGAACGCUUGAUUGGUCACUUUUUCCCCCCUGCUGGCUAAUAUAGUUUUGGAAGGAGUGAAUUGCUGAAGGGAUGUGCUAAGGGGGAGGGGAAGCAGGGGGAUGCCCUAGCAGAGAUUCCAGCCCUGGCAGGCUGCUGUCACACACGCUCUCCCUCUGUAGUCUCAUAUAAUGUAUUGAGUGCCGCUCUCGCUCCGCUUCCCAUUGCCGGUGCCCUGCCCUGCGCUCUCAGUCUGGAUUACUCCAACCGCCCGGGCAAAGCAGUAUGUUCCUGCGAGCACAAGAUUUGCGGUUUGCAGCUGACUCCAAGUUGUGAUUUAAAAGCCGAUUGUAUUUUAGGAAAUGCACUUCAAUCAGAUAAAUAAAUAUUGAUUUAAUGGCUCUCUUGAAGAUGCACUGGACACCGGAGCAUGCCCAGUCCCUGACCCAGUGGCCAGAGCAGCACCUCGAUGUCUCAUCAACCACCUCUUCUCCAGCUCACAAAUCAGAUGUGUACAACAGACAAAGGUUAAAUUAUGCUUGGGCCAAUGAUGAUAUAUCUGCACUGACUGCCUCUAAUCUCUUGAAAAGAUAUGCAGAGAAAUACUCUGGGGUCCUGGACUCACCAUAUGAGCGAUCUACAUUAAAUACCUAUACAGAUGGAGCCUUUGGACCUGUUAAUGGACAAAAGGGGGACAUUGAGUCUUGGCAGAUGUCACACGGGUCUGAGAAUUCUUAUACAGUCAACUCCAUACAUGAUAGUUUGGCUGGCUCUAAAUCAGGCAAUGGUCCAAUUGGACUGGCUAGCCCAACUGUAGCAUCUGGUAACCUUCCUGACCCAAUUUACCCUGGUACUACAUGUGGGGGGCCAAACUCAACGGGGGGUCUUGUGGCUCCCCAAGAUUAUACCUCAGCCUACAGUGGCACUUAUCUUCCAUCAGGCUACUGUAGUCAACCUAACUCAGCACUUCCACCUACCCAUCCCUCAUCUCUUCACAGCUCAGGACUCCAGCCAGCACAUGCAUCACCAGCUCUGGUUCAUGGAUACAGCUCUUCAGGCUCAUUAUACAACUACAGCUCAAGUGGUUAUCCAGCUCAGCCUGCCAUUGGUCCUGGAUAUGGUGGAAUGCAUCCAUCUCAUCCUCCAGGUUAUUUGCCAUCUGGUAUUGCUGCACCUACACCACUUCCACCCCAUACUACAUCGUCAAGGCCCUCAAUGGUCCCUGGUUAUGCUUACCAAAGUUCUACAUUAGCACCAUUGUCAGUCCCACCUCUGAGCACAGAAAUGGCAAAUUCCUUGAAAAGAAAAGCUUUUGACAUGACAGCAGCAGAAGAAAGCGAGGGCAGGUAUAGAAAAUACAGCUAUGAGCAACCAAAGCCUACCUCAGAUGCUUCAUUUGCAAUAUCCGAUAGUGUUCCAAAUGAUUGCAGAGGCAAUGGCUUCAAUCGCAAUGGUGAAACACAGCAGGUUGCCUUUAAAUCUGGAAAGCGCCAAGUAGAAGAAGAGGGAACAGGAAAAUAUAACAACCAGUCAAUGAAAGUAAUGAUUUCACCAACAUUUAAUGAAGAAAGGCCAUUGAGAUCUAGCGAAACAUUUGGAAAAUUCACUCCCCCGGUAAUAAAUGGUGAGCAUAGAGGUAAUGAGCCAGGGCAUGUUUUUGCACAGAGAAUGCAAGUUCCAGGGAUAAAACAGACAAUGUUUUGUAAUUCUUCAGAAGAUCGUAUAAAAAACAUGGAUCCCCUUAUCCUGGAGCUUGUUAAUACUGAAAUUGUUGACUGUGCCCCCCCUGUGCAGUGGACAGAUAUUGCUGGCCAUGCAUCUGUGAAGGCGGUAAUUGAAGAAGAAUUGGUAUGGCCUAUCUUGAGACCUGGCGCCUACACAGGAACCAACAGGCCACCAAAAAGUAUUUUGUUAUUUGGUCCCCCAGGUGCAGGGAAAACACUGCUGAGUAGGUGCAUUGCCACACAGCUUGGAUCAACAUUGCUUAAGCUCAGCAGCACUGUUCUUCUUUCCAAGUGGAAGAAUGAAAGUGAAAAAAUCUUGGAGACUGUGCUGUACAUGGCAGGCUGUCACCAGCCUACUGUAGUUUUCAUUAGCGAAAUUGACCUGCUUCUUUCUAUUCAUGUAAAUGAGGACAAUACACAUUUGAGCAAUCUUAAAGCUCAGCUUAUUUCCUUCUUAGAUAACAUAGCUACCUCAUCUGAUGAUAACAUCAUUUUCAUUGGAACUUCACAAAGGCCUGAUGAUAUUGAUGAAGAGGCACACCACAGGUUUGCAAAGAAAUUUUACAUUUCACCUCCAGAUAGCCUAGCCAGGAGGCAGAUCCUCCAUCACAUCUUGGCACAACAAAACUACUGCCUUAGUGAAAGGGAAAUGGCAUCGCUUGUCCAACACACAGAGGGCUAUUCAGGCAAUGAGCUGAUUCAACUUUGUCAGCAGGCCGGAGCCAAUCAUCUUCACAGUAUUUCAGGGCAGCUACAGCCAACAUCCUACAAAGACUUCGAAGGAGCAUUUUGUAAACUCCGAGCCAGUACCUCUCAGAAGCAACUGGACUUGUACAUGGAAUGGAAUAAAAUGUAUGGUUCGAGACACUAACAGUGAAAUAACUCUGAUGGAACAAUUUGACUCUACACUGGUGUUGUUUUUGUUGUGUGUGCGUGCGUGAGACCUCUACCUGGAAACAGGUUAACAAAAAGUUUUUGUUUCUCUACCACAAAAAUCUUAACAUGACAGCUGAAUGCCAAGUGACGGGCAUCUUUUUACAUCUGUGUAUAUAUGUAUACAUAUGUGUAUAGAUAUAUCCGCUCUGUUGAAUGUUAUGCAGAGGAAAAAAACUUUCAAAAGGUGAUUUUUUUUUUCUACACAUUUCAAAAUACUGUUCUCAGGAUACCUUCUAUUUAUUGCCAAAUAUUGGCAGUACCAAUGUGGUUUCACAAACAGGUGUUUGGAUGUUCUGCAAACAUGUCCUUAAGGUCUUGUUUCCACUGGGGUGACCUUAACUGCUGUUUUACAUAAUACAUGAUUGUUUUUUUUUUUAUCAGCCCCUUCAUGGCACUUUGGGGAACCAUAUUACUCUUGGCAUAAUUUAGGUGACCAGGCACCAACACAACGUUGAGGAUCAAAAUACAACAACUAAGAAGGGAUGGAAAGAGAAGUACACUGUUAACUAAUUUUAGUUUUUUUGUUUUCAUUUUUAAUUUUUUUUCAGUUUUUUUUUUAUUGUUAGUCUUUUUAUGUUCUAAAUACUCAGGAAAUAUUUACCUCCAAAGGAAUGUGUCUGUUGAACUCAACAUUCUCAUGAAGAUCAUAGAGUUAGAGACUGCAAAGAAGUACUUGAAAUAACUGCAAGAAUUUAACGUUGAAUGUAUUGUAUAUGCUCUCACUCACACUAUCAGGAACAAAAAGAUCCCACAAAAGUCUGCUUUAUUUUAUUUUUUAUAUACGUUGUUAUUAUAGUGUUGAUUUUUUUUAAAACAUGUUAAUUGCACGGUAGCUUGACAUACUUUCAGUACCACUUUUUGGAUGUUCUUUUUCAAGUCCUGAGAAGUAUUAUUUUAUUGUCUAGCCAGGACCUUGCCUCCUAUGUUUUUUUUUAUUUCUAAGACAAAAACCCAUAGGAGAUUUGACAGCUCAGUCUUUGUUUACAACUGGGAUAUGCUGUUGUGCCAUUUUAUAGCUUUUAUUGACCAUAUCUCACAAUGUGCCACUACUUUCCUUGGGCUUUAUUUCACUGGCAUUGAUACUGGGUAAUAUACAUUUAGGUUUACUUUGGAUCAAACAGUAGAGUUAUAAAUGAUCCCUUUAGUACUAGAAGUAACACAUCACCAAUCUAGACUUCAGAUAUGUUAUGCCCCCAUUGGCUGUAAAUUCUGUAGACAAAGCUACCAACUACUAAGGGGCGGCCAUGAGUCUAACAUGCCAAGUCUAGAUGAUCAUUUAUAAUUAGAGAGGUAUGAGACAACCUUUUAGUUCUUCCAGAAGAUGCCACCUAGUAAUACUUCUACUGGGUGCCACCUCCCAAAGCCUUUUAAACCAUUGCUUUAAAACAGAAUCUGGAUCUUGCCAUAUGAGAUGCAAAUUUCCAGAAUGACCAAAGAACUCUUUAGUGUCUGAAUAAAAAUUGUUUAAUAUGAUAUACCAAAGUUUCAUAGGAAUACAGGGGCUGAUUUACUAAUGACGGGCAGGCAUAGAGAGCGGCUUCCAUGUUUGGUUAGAUAACAGCACAGUGGUUACCUGCCAGUGUGUAAAGGGUCUUGAACUUUGCACUAGUCCAUAAGAAUGGGACUACCCUAAACAGAUGCACCUGAUGGUCCUACCAAUGCCUCUUUUAUUGGCUUGUGGUGCGAGCAGAAAAGCAGCAUUCUGGAAAUCGGCUUUUGAACAAUCUUAGUAAAUAAGCCCCCCAGUGUUCUCUUUUGCACUGGAAUAGAUACAUUGAACGCCAAAGGAUAGUCUGUCCAAAAUUAUGAAAGGGUUUAUAGUACCUACAGCUUGUCCUGUAAUAUAUGACAGGCCACUUCGGUACUCAGCCAGUUGAAUUUCCCAACUUUAGAGAUGAGACAUCUCUCCAAAAUUGUUUACUAAUUCUUCAGAGGCUUCUCUACCUGUUAAGGCUUUAUUUUCAAGUGUAAAUACAUUGUCUCUUUAAACCAAAGUUUGUUAAUGAAUAUGAUUUGAAAGCAUUAUGAUAGAACUCUAAUAGUUUUACUGUACAUAUAUAACCCCCCCCCCCCUUUCCUCUUGUACGUUUAGGAGAAGAAAAAAAAACAAUUUAGACUGUGUAAUGCUUGUAUUCUCAUGGAUUCAAACCAAAGAUACAGUACAGGUUGUAGCAGUCAGCCUAAAGCAUAUGUAAAGGUUACUUCCUAAUGCUGCAGUUGUCUGAUUGUAUUGUUUGUAUAUAUACAGCUCAUCACAUGCCUACACAGUGCCAAAAUGAUGUUGGUUCCACUAUUUCUUUCUGAUGUUGCUGAUUAGAUAAUGUUCAUAACUCCCAACAUUGGUUCUAUAAAACAUGUUCUGAUCUGCCUUUCUAUGGACUUAAUCUUCCUCAACUUCCAUUUUCAGAUUGGCCGGGUCCAUCUUCAGCCUUCAGACAAGGGUGUAGGGGAUAGGAUCUCUAUAAAAAAUGGAGGUGUCUUAGAACUAAACCGCAUUUGACAGAAAGAAGCCAUGCUUUUCUAUAAAAAUAUUACCUGGGCAUCUUGAUAUCCUACUCCAUCUCUUCCUCUGUGAAGAGAUGAAAUAGGAAAAUCAAAGAUAAAAUCCCUGUGCUUGCUGAGGCACCCCAAAAAGAUUCUAAUGGCUUACCUGUUACCCCAGAUUGGCGCUGUUCUUGAAAAAAAAACUCACCAGCCAGUACUGCUUGCAGAGUGCCGCUCCACCAUUUCUUUUGUUCUCCCAGGUGUCCACUGCUAAGAAAACAGUGCCCCAGGCUGAUGAAUUAAUUUACUUUUCCUUCUCCCCCAUGUAUAUCUGUUGCAUUUUUGGAGAUACUGGUCCAUGAUCAUAGCACACAGUAUCAAGCAACCAUUAAAUAAUGGAUUUACCACUAUCUACAGCCCAGUUUGUCUUAACUUUUGCAGGUUCUGGGCAUAGUACUAUCUUACAAGCUAGAGGUCCAAAAUCUCUGUAGUUUAUAGGUGCUGUGACCUAAUGGGCUACUUUUGUAUUCUUUUCUGGUGCCCAGCUAUUUUGGGAAAUUUUUAGAACCACUGCUAAAGAAUUCUCUUACGACACUGUUGAUUCUAGAGGGAUUAUGACAGAUAAAAGUUCAAAGGAUAAUUUAUUAAUGUAUAAACACCAUUUGAUAUUUUCAGUAGGUAGUUUUGGGGUAUCCAUUUUUCAGCCCUGCAAUAGCUGAAAAGGCAACAUUUGGACCCUAUGAUUUAUUUAUUCCUCCUCCUUCAGAUGUUGCCCCUUCUUUUCUUUCUUGAGUUGGUUUAUUUUUUUAAAACAACUCUUCAGAAGUAACAAUUCUGUGUUUUUUUCCAUUGGCUUUUCCCAUUAACUCUGUUUUAAAUCUGCAAACAGCAGCAGGCCCACGGCUAUUAAAUUCAAUGUAAUUCUCUAAUUGAAAGGCCUGAUCUUUGGAUUUAGGACCAGGAAAUGAAUGCAUCAUACUGGAGAAUUCUCCAUUGGCAGAAACAAGGCUUAUCUUGCUAUGAAACACAAGCUUUCUGUUUAACUCUGAGCAGUUUGUGUGAGACGCCAAGCACUUCCCAACAAUACCGUCUUUGUCAGUGUAAUGGUUUCCAACUGUUUGUGGCUAACACUGCACCCCCUUUCUUGUAUUCUCCUCGCCAUUAGCUAGACAAUGGCACCUUGUUUGUUUUCAAUAUUGCUGCAAUCUUAUAGAGAAAUUCCAUCUAUAAUUAGGCAUAAUGUUGUUUCCCUUCAUUUAUGAGUGUGAGUGCAAGGGAUACUGCAUUCACAGCACAUUCCUUUUCUGCUUAUUUGCAUUUAUUUCUAUUGACAACUGCCCUGUUGUCUAUAGAGGUUUUACCCCUAGACGCCAACAUCAAUAGCUCAUCAUAUGGCCAUAAAGAAAUAAAGAUACUGACCUGACUGCUGUACUAUGUAUCGAUAACCUCAUCUCAUACACUGUUGCCUUUUUUUAAGGAGAAUAAAUGAAUUAACCCUACUUAUCAAUUAGCAGAGAGUUUCCAAAAUAUAUUAGCAAGAGUUUACUACUGCACGAAAGGUGGAAGUUCAUUUUUAAAUAAAUAUUUAAGGCUAGGGCACACAGAAUAUUUUCUACCUGGGUGAUUAAUAGCUCCGUGAGUUGGUGACAAAGCACAAUAUUGACAUAAAUGGCAAUCAUCUGGAAGGAAUGCCCUCAACAAUCUAGACGAUUACUAUUAAAAAUAAUAGCAAGAGAUUCUAUGUUUUGUAGAUUCCUGUGCAUCGACCAACAAUAGACCUUGUGCCAUAGCCUUAAGUAUCUAAUAAUGCAUCUCUAGGCAAUGUGCGGCUCUAGGGCGGUGCCAGUCAAUGGCCUCCACAAGGGUUAAUACAAACUCAUGUUUAUAUUUAAAUACUUUCAUAUGUUGUUAUUGCUUUUUACAUUUUUAUGUGCAGUGAUCACCAUCCUGUUCAGAUUUAGGAGUGAAUGGAAAUGAGUUUUAACUGCUGAAACACUGCCUUGUCUCUAAUCUGCAUAACUGCCGUUUAUAUGUGCGUGUAUACUUGUCACAGCUCUGUACAGUUGUAUCUGGGGAAGAGUGAUAUAGUAACAAAUGUAUAUUUGUACAACAUAUUCUUUCUUUUUAUAUAAAGGAACAAUGACAGUAUUAGCUCUAGAUUCCCAUUGGGAGGGGGUUGUAUGAUAGUCAGGUGAAGAAUUACUGUCUAAAUUCUUUUGGGUACUGUUUGGCUCUGCGUCAGAGAAUGCCAACGCCGAUUAUCUGUAAGACAAACUCAUUUCUAGCACAAUAAGGUAUGAAAUCCAGCCAGCAGCCAUUUUUUUAGUUUCCAUGCACAAAGCGUGUCAACUGUCAACACACACGUGCCAUUAUUUCCUAUUGUGUUUCAUUACGUUGUGAAAUUAUAAACAGGUCUUGUAAUAAAUUAUCCCUUAUGUCUUUAUUCUUGAAUUGUUCUUUGCUUUCUGUAACAGGAGGGAUGAUAUUGAGUCACUAGUGAAAUCCGCGCACCCUUCCCAGCUUUAUUGUACCCACAUUGAGCACUGGUCUCCUGCUGCCAAGUUGGGAUGCUUUGUGCACACUUAACUUUAUUUAUUAGAAGCCAUUAAUCACUGGUUGAUGUCUCAGAGCAAAUGAAAUGUAAUGGAGUCUUCUGUCUUUUCAAAGCCUUUGAUGUUCAAAAUGAAGAUGCCCUCUCUGCAACAUUGGAAGAGACUGAUACACUAUACAUAUUAUCAAUCCCAAACACCAAUUCUUUCAUUGCUCAAUCCCAUUAUAGGUUUCAAAAAUAAUUCAUGUAUCAGUUUACACCUUUAUACUCUCAGGUGAUUCACAUGACUGGGCCAUACCACGGGGUCGGCAACUUUUAUAAAGCCAGUGCAGAAACCAUUCUUGAGAUACAGAGGUUUAUGUCCCAAUUUAUUACUGCAGCAAAAUAAAAUCCUAAUUGGGAAUUAUAGCCAACCAGUCCAUCUUAAAGAAACACCCUGACAGCAAACAGUUUUAUAGCACCUGAAGUCCACUUACCUUUGGUCCGGUCAUUGAGGGCGGGGAAGAGCCACAGUUGUUUUGCAUCUCUCAGGCUUAGAAUUUAAACUGUUAUCUGGUUGCGAGGGGGCAAUUCACUUAGCAACCAUGGAAGCAUUACAAAAUUAAUAUGAAAGCAAUAACAAAUAAGUAUAAGUAAAAAUAAGUAUAAGUGACCCUGACAACUGCCUACAUUUUCAGUCUCAGUCUGGAAAGGAGGCAGAUUUGUAAAACCAGUGAUUAUGCAAAAUUGAUGAUCUAAAGGUGCUUAGAAUAGUUCCAUCAAUACUCAAAGUUAAUGUAAAGGUAAAAAUUCUACCUUGAACAGUAUAUAUUUUUGUUUAUACAUACAUUUGUGCAUUUCCCAGUUUGCUGCAGGUCUUGUCACCCGUAGCAACCAUUCAGAUAUUUGUUUCAAACAGCAGGUCAGCAAAUAUUGUCUGCAAAUUGGUUGCUAUAGGUUACUAGAACCCAGGGAAACUUGGAAGCUGACAUUGUCCAGUUUUAGCAUAUAGUACAAUGGCCAUGUUCCUUGCUCUCUCCCCCAGCACAAACAGAGGCCCGUAGGAGAAAUAUUAUGAAAAGACACAUAUUGUGCAAAAAUGAUUCCAAAUUUUUAUUAUAAACAUCAGACCUCCAACCCGCAGGCCUCUAGCUAGUGUUAAACUACAAUGUGGGCUGCUGAAUAUAGGAGCAUUCUCCAGUAAUCUCUAUUUCACUAGUAAUUAGAUCACAUGCUGCAUAGAUCUCAUGACAAAUAUGUUUUGGGUACCCUGAUUUAUCAAAUGUAAUCAUUCUGGAGGGUAAUUGAGGUGGUAAGACAUAGAAUAUGCAUAGACGUAUCAGCUCUUCCUCUGCUUUCUUGCAUUUCCAUUGUUCUAAAAGGAGUCGGAGGUCAGUUUUCCAAAAAGUGGUACUGUAUUUGUAGGACAUUCUCAUCUGACCGUGUUACAUGAUCUGGAACCAUUUCUACCUCAUUCUGCAAAGUAUUUUACAUGAAGUAUUUAUUUCAUGUUUUUUUUUUAAUGUUGGGAUGCUCUUGAGCUGUAAUGGUCUACCUCAAAAAUACUGUAUUUAAAAAGAAAGUAUUGCGCAGUAUUAAAGAGAUUAUGUGAACUUCACGCCUGGUGACUUUUUUUUCUGUUCAUGUUCUUCUUUACUUUUUCCAUAUAUAAAUAUCGAAAUAAAAAGAUGCUCGAGAAUAGGGUCAAUCUGGUGAAGGCAAAGCAUUCUAG